GCUUCCCCGGAAUUUCCAAAAUGGAUCUCCAAGAGACCCGCAGCCCCAAUUCAGGACAAUGGGUUCCACUGAUCAACCAUCAGACGCAUGCCACUAUUCACGCCUCAGGGCGAUCGUCAAGAUGUCAAUUGAUCGUCGUCCAACUUUUUAUCCAAGGAUCAGGCGGGACUUUCGAGAAGAUGCAUGAGGCCGCACUGAGCGGACAUUUACAGACGCCCGAAAAGGAGAACGCAUGCUAACCCGACAAGUCUCCGUCUGAACUAUAAGGAGUAGAGUUUCAGAUCACCUUCUCGGUUUUCCGACUUGGUCAAUCUGAGAGGCAUGCCGAUGGUUGCAUUUUGCUUCUUUCAUGUCGCUUUUUGGGGGUUGUAUCAUUUGGAGCGCUGAACGCGGCCUAUGGCUUUUCAAUACUCCUAGGCAACCACCUACUGGGGCAUUUACCAGUUCUGAAAACUCUUGAUGGUUCAUUCUCAGAGAGAGGAGUGAGAGACGAGUAGGAUGGUAUCAACCAAGGCCGUAAACGUACCUCUUUUGACCAUCGAUAGGCGUGAAUAUGCCUCAGUCCUCUCAAUUACCUCUUCAAGCACCAGCCAUGUGAGCUGUCAUUUUCUUACGCCUGAGUAUGAAUACUUGCGAGAAGCAAGGGACCAGUCGCCACAGUAGAAACCAAUUCAGGGCUACCAUAUCCCGUUAACAAAAGCCGGUGUAAGAAUGUCCACAUGAUUCAUGAGAUCUGGA